CACCUUUUUGUACUAGUGUGGCUUUUCGUGUAACAAACCAAUGUUUACAGAAGAGAUUCUAUUUUUUAUGAGGCAGGACCUGGCACAUCCACAUUGCUGCUUUAGGGGACAGUGCUGUAAUCUCUCAGGCCAAUAGAUUGUUAUUCUAUCAGCAGAGGAGAGCAGAGCAGAGAGGCUGUCACAGGAAUAUUUGGGUCAGGGGACCUUUCCUUCUCCUGCCCAGACUAAUAGGAAUUGAUUUAUUUGAGCUCUCUGGGAGGAGAAAAAUGUGUUUAUCCUAAGUUAGGCAGGCCUGAAUAAAUGAUGGCAAAUCACUGCAAGUUUUAAAUGGUAAAAGAGACCGAAAGGGGGAGAAAUGUGAUGGGUAACUGUAUUUGUUUGAUCAACAGCACCCUCUGGUGGCCACAGAGGAAGUGAAUCCGAAGUCCAGAGAACAGACCUUUAUGGCUUCAGAGCCAGACUGACAGGUAGUGAGGAGAGUUGAACUUCAUAUCCCAUGAUGCACUGUACUUUCGUACUGUACUGCUCAUCAUUUGUUUGAAAUGUGCUGUCUGUAAAAAGGGCUCCUGAUCCUUUGGAAGUCAACACACAAUUUGCAUGGUUCAACUAUAAAGUCAGCAAUUAAUUCUGAUAAGAGGUGCAUUGACAUCAGUCUUCAUGAGUUAUAGUGUGUGUGCAUGUGUAAAUAUGUGUUGGAGGCAGACAUGAUGCCAAAAUAUGAAAUAUUAUAGCCAUGUCCAGGUUUGACCGCUGGCAUUUUGUUCUAAGCAACUCAGUGGCCUUAGGGUGGACACUCUAACCACAAGGUUGGGAGUUCAAUCCCCUGCUGAAUCAUACCAAAGGGUUUAAAAAUGGAACCCGAUGCGUCUCUGCUUGGCACUCCACAUCAAGGAGCUAGAUUGAAGGAACAUCAAACUCCAGGUGCCAAGCAGGGCACAAACAUGUUCCGGUAUUAUCUGUAUAUUGUAUGUGUUACUGUCUGGUAGCCGUGGGCUGUGGCUGGUGAGGUGAUUUGCAUUCAUAUCAGUGUUUAUAUCAGCCACAGUGUACAAUAACUUUCUGUAGAGAUGCUCACUCACUCCUCGUCCAGGGAACUCCGUGCAUGACCAGAGAUCCAGCACAAGAGAUGGUACCAAUGAAGGCGAGGACAGGCUUGUAUUCACUUGCUUGCCUUCUCAUGAUCAGUAGUGUCUGUUCUACCUGUGUUCCCUUGAUGUGUCUAAAGUGCAAUUUAACACACUCACCUGGAAUAUCUGCUGCGGGAUUACCAGACAAUGCCAUCUGUGACACCCUGUGCUCAGACACUACCCAAUGCUUCAAUGCUACUGUUCAACAGUACUGCUCAAAAGAUUUUAAAGUGUUACUGAACACCAGUUCUGGGUUCAAAGUGCAGGAGGGUGAUAACCUCGACAUUGAGUGUUCCCAUAACCUGCCGGUGGAACCAAAAAGCCCGCUCGUGUUUGUCUGGCUGAUGGAUGGCGUCCACCUGAAGGGCAAGAACAGUAGCCUGCUCACCGUGAAGAAGGUUGGUAUAGAUACCUCUGGCAAGGAGAAAUAUGCCUGCACCAUCCAGAGUCCCUGUGGCAACUUCACCUCAGAACCAAAGGAGAUUGAAGUUGAAGGCAUGACGAUGUUGAUCAUAGUGAUCUGUGGUGUGUCUGCUGUUGUGCUGAUCCUGGCCAUGGGUAUAGGCAUGAAGAUCAUGCUGAAGAUGGAAUUUGCGAAGACAAAGAACAGGAGGCAGCAGAAUGCUCAGAACCUACAGAGAACUACAAUAGAGUAGUGUUUCAUUUUCUGCAAAUUCCACCAAAUGUCAUACAUGAGAAAAUGGCAAGAAUUUGACAUGAUUACACUGUAAAUGGAUAAAUAGCUAACAAUUUUAUUGUUGUAUUUGCAAUUUAAUCAACAUAAUUUUAUCUCAAAGUCAGUGUUGUUAACAUGGAAGAGCCACAGAUAUGUUGAUCCUCUGGCAGUGCCGCACAGCAAGUUUGGAGAUUUGUCCCAAUAAAUAAUAUGCCAAAUUAAUUAUAUUUAUUAAUAAACAUUUAUGUGUA